CACACAUUUACAAUAAUAAUAAUCCUCUGCACACUUAGUAAAAAUAAAUAAAAAAUCCUUUGCACACAACUCUUCAAUCUUUGAUUCUUUUACAACAUGAGCAGCCACAAUCAUAAACAGAGCAAGUCUCUAUUAAACCGCCUAAGAACGGUGGUGCAAAAAGUAAAGCUUCUUAUAAGCUUCACCAUGCUCAGCCACAAGUGGGACGUCGCAAACAUUCUUUGCGAUGGUUCUUUAAGCAAACACCGUCUCAGUUUCAACGAUCGACCAGGUUUGAUUAUGUGUUCUUCCGAUGAAACGGAUUCCGAAGGUUCUGUUUCUUCAUCGCCUUGUCUUCAGAGAACCAUAAAUUUUCCUAAUGAUGAGGAUGACAUUGAUAAGAGAUCGGAGAUUUUCAUUGCUAAUUUCAAACGGCAACUUCGAUUAGAGAGACAUAUUUCGUUGCAGCUACGCUAUAUUGGAGGGAACAACAUAGUUCUGGAUUGACAUUUCCUUGAAUAUAUGUUGUUCUGUUUUUUUGGUUAAUCGAUUGAUGAUACAAUGGAGAACUUUGGGUUUUUUUUUGGAUGAAAGGAUCUCUAGUGACAGAACAUGUAAAAACAAUUUGUUGAUUUAAUUUAUUUUUCUUCUUUUUCUUUUUCAUAGUGAUUUGAUUAUAGAGGAGGGAUUAUUUUUUUAAAAAGGAUAACUGAAUUCGAAUUUCUAAUUUAUCAUAUCAAAUGUUUCUGCCCAUGUAGGGAACAUUAAUUUGAUGUUUUGUUAGUUUUAUUUUUAUUUUUAUGCAAUAUGUUUUUGUUAAGUGUUUGUAGCUACGUUCUCUACCAUGUGUUUCUAUCUUUCUCAAUUGUCCAUGAACAAAAAAAUAAUAUUUAUUGAAAUAUAUCAAAUUGCAUUUA